AUGGCCAGACUCUUGGUGCUGCCGCAGGACAGUUCUGCUGGCGCCGUGAGCGGCGAGAUGCUCUUUGAGGAGUUGCGGCGGUCCUUCGGGCUGUCUCAGUGUGCCGACAAGCAGAAGGAGGCGAAGUUGCUGCAGCAUUUUUGUUCCAUAGCAGAGAACGGAGGACAGCGGCUGAACCUGAGCGCAGCAUUCGCCAAUGACAAGCCGCUGAAGGUGGAGCUUUGCUCCGGGGAAGGUGAAUGGGUCUGUGCACAAGCAGCAGCUGAUGCUGGGAGAGCCAGCUGGGCAUGCGUCGAAAACAGGCGAGAUCGCGUCUUCCGCACAUUUUCCCGUGCACUUCUCACUGGAGUGUCCCCGAACCUCUGUGUGGUUAGCGCUGAUGCGGCAGUUUUUCUUCGCAUGCUCGAAGCCGGCUCUGUAGCCCAUGUGUAUGUGAAUUUCCCUGAGCCACCUGUUCGACGCGGUCUGGGUGAUGCCGAUGCUGAAGGAGCGAAUGGCUCUGAGACUGGAGACGCUGUGGCUGCCCCGCACCUUCUGACAGCAGAGACAUUCCGCUCUGUGCGUCGGGUGCUUUCUUCUGGUGGCAAGCUUCUGAUUCAUUCAGAUAAUGUCACCUAUCUGCGGCAGCUUGCUGCUUGUUUGGGUGCUGUUGACGGCUUUGCAGACGUAGAUCCUGGCCCUGGCGCUGUCCGCGACAGUGCCAGUGGUUCGAAUCCGGACUUGGUGACAGUCUGGCGCGGACGGCCUGGAGUUGAGGCAGGCGUGCCGGAUCCGGAG